AUGGCAACUUUCAAUGAAAAGAAGACUUGCAGCCAAAGAAUGGAAAAUUUUGGGCGUUUUGUGUGGAACCCAGAUACUGGACAGUUAAUGGGAAGAACCUUGAUUAAUUGGGUGUGGAUCAGUCUUUACUAUGUUGCUUUCUACGUGGUGGUGACUGGGCUGUUUGCACUUUCUAUAUAUUCUUUAAUGAAGACACUCAACCCAUACACACCGGACUAUCAGGAUCGAUUAAAAUCGCCAGGAGUGACAUUACGACCAGAUAAGUAUGGAGAGAAAGGACUGGAAAUUUAUUACAGCCUCUCUUCCAAUAAUUCCUGGGAAGGUUUCAUGACGUCUCUUGAAAACUUUCUUGCAGCUUACAAUAAAAGUGUUCAACAUGGCAACAUAAACUGUACUGGGGAAGGCUACUUCAUCCAGAAAUCAUUCCACCCUCCAAACCACACAAAGUGUUCUUGCAAAUUUACACGAGAGAUGCUUGAAGACUGCUCAGGUCUGACGGAUCCCACUUUUGGGUUUUCAGAAGGAAGACCAUGUUUAAUCAUAAAAAUGAACAGAAUUAUCAAUUUUCUCCCUGGGAACGGCACUGCACCAAGAGUGAUUUGUACAACUUUAGAAGAUAAUGAUCCAGUGGAUGUUCAAUAUUAUCCUGCGAAUGGUACCUUUAGCCUUCACUACUUUCCUUAUUACGGAUGUAAAGCUCAGCCUACCUAUGUAAAUCCGUUGGUAGCAGUGAAACUUGUCAACGUGACACUGAACAAAGAAGUAGCCAUUGUGUGCAGAGUUGUUGGUGCUGGAAUUACGUCUGAUAAUCCUCACGACCCAUAUGAAGGAAAAGUGGAAUUAAAAGUCAGGAUAAAAAGUUAA